AUGGGUGGCGGUGACAGGUGGGUGGCAGCGGCGGUGGUAGGUGGGUGGCGGCGUCAGUUGAGGAAUGAGAAACAGAAUGAAAUAGAUCGCCAGCCACCUACAGUCGUUGCCACUCUCCGCCGCUACCAACCACCAUCGACGGCCAUCACUGCCACUCGUCGUCACCACCACCCACCGUUGUCGCAACCACCUACAACGUCACCUAUCACUGCCACUCGCCGUCACCACCACCCACCGUUGUCGCCACCACCCACAACGUCACCUAUCACGGCCACCGACCACUACCCACGACCGCCACUCACUGCCGAUUCAUUUCAUUCUCACAUGGUAACCAAACAACAUAUGGAAUUGUAA